AUGCGCACAUACGACAUCAGCGCAUCAGGUCUGUGCAGAACAUUUUUAAUUUGUCUUGACAGUGAAAGUUCUUGAAUUAAUUGUUCUGGACAAGAAACACCAACAGAUUGGUUGAACACUUGGAACAAAGUUACACUUGACCAUCUUAUGAAUACUUCUUUUGACACUGCUCUGCUUGAAUUUAAGACAUUAUGCAAAUACUUGUAAACAGAGUCAAAGAGUCUUCACAAAAGAGAUCUGGAGCCGUGCCUGCUGUCACUCUUGAUUUGAACAGUACACUGGUUAGACACAAGUUUUAAAGCAGCAUAGUGCUGAGCUACAAGCCACAAAUUUCUACAGAUCCCACACACCAGUGACUCAAUUGACGGCCAUUACGAAAAUGCUGUUCUUAGACAGUUUGAUUGCCCGCUUCAACAAUAAUGUAUAGUGAAUCAAAAGAAUACACUCCAAUUCCAACUGAUUUGUGAGCCAAAUUUAGCUGCACUAUUAUUCCUCAGGUUUCACUUUGCAUUGAACUAACAGCCUCCCUACACAACCAGACCACUCAGCUAAGAGCAGUAACAACAGGUACUAACCAGGCAAAGAUCAACUGGAUGUAUAACCAAUGGAAACCUGUUAACAGACUCACUUAAUAGAAACAGACUGAAACUGAUACUAAUAACUGUCAAUGAAACACGGAGGCAAACAAGACUAUCAACAACAAGGCUGUUAACAUCUCUGCCAUAAAUUUUAAUGCCUGAAUCUAAUGCGAGGGGGUGAUUAUCAGAAACAGCUUUUUUUUUACUUUUUAAAGCAAUACAGUACAAGAACUUCAUUGAUCCUCAACGUUUUAUUGCUGGGACCAAAGUAUGAGGUUAUUGUCUGGAAACCCUUCCUUCACAUACACACCAAGGGAUAAUCAGUAUUACUUUGUCCACAGAGGGCGCCAAAAUGGACACAAACUAAAAAUUCCCUACAGCAGCUUUAAAAGUGGACUCUUCAUAGAGUCAUGGACAGCACACCUUCAUUCUGAAAGCCUAAAAAUAUUCAUCUAAACCACCUGCAUGCUCACCGUUUCUGUGGAUUUUCUACAUUUUUUCUCUUUUAAUGAACAUGAUGAAGAGCCACAGGUUUCAGCUACAUUUAAAACAUCUUUGUUUAUAAUUUUCUAUGAAGAAAAGUGGUUAUUAAGUCCAGGGUGUCUUAAAAAUAUUGAUGUCCUUAAAUCAAUUUGCUCAUUUUUCUAAUACUGCAUCCCCCACACACCCAACAGAGAGCUUUCCACUCCUCAUACACACAGUCCCGCUUGCCUCGCAAACUCUCUCCUCUGUGUUUGUCUGAUGUUUCAACAAUAUCCAUCAGCAGCACAUUUUGUACCGAUACCCAAUUAACACAACUCACAUCUCGAAAUGUUUCACUGGAUGUUUCAUUAUCGCAGCAGGUGAUCUGCUGCUUGUUAAUGAUGAUGCCUUUCACAAUAUCUGCCUUGCACAAGAUAGUGCAGAGUGAUGUCAGCGGCAACCAGCUGCACACAGCAGUAAAACCCACUCAAAUCAUACAAUCACUAACUGAAACUAAAACCACAGGGUGUUCUGCUCCUCUACUAAUGACAGAAAGAACAGUUAGAACCAGCAGCAGCAGGUACACCUGCAUGGGACCUUCCAAUGGGUGGAAGCUCAUUCAUCUGGCAGAUAUCAGUGGACUCCAUCAACAGUUAAAUCACUGUAGCUCACUGAAAUAAUUCUGCUUCACUGAUGCUUGAUAACACAGAUCAGACGCCCUGAUGUCACAGACAUGCUCUCCUCUAAUUGCUGAGCACACAAACAUCAUUAAACAAUAGCAUGUGUGAUUAUGAUUCACACUCACAUAGUGAAUAUGAAAAGCUCCUGCGCACAGAUCUAAAAACGAGCACCAGACUCUACAUGUUAACUUAACACUAAGUGAUUGUUAACUGUCUGCAUCAUAUCAUAUGCAGGGUCCUCAACAGGAAGCAGAUUCUACACUUCAAACAUUACCAUCUUCAUCACCGUCUUCAUCUUCCUCGUGAUUUUCUUCAUCACCAUCAACACCAGCAUCUUCACAGAGCUGAUCUCACAUCAGUAUGAUGACACUUGCAGGUUAAAGAAGGAGGCAAAGGAGGUGGAGGAAGACAAACAGCUGUGUGCAUGUUUGGCUGCCUGCCUGAGGAAGAGGAGAGGAGGAAGGACACACACACACACACACACAAACCCACUCACUCACUCACACACACACACAAAUGGCAGAUGUGUGUAUGUGGUAAACAGGUACACAGGGUGAUGCUGCAGACUCCUUCCUGACAGCUCCUUCAGAAAAAUGACACCCCCCUUCCUCGCUUGCACGCAGAAACACACGCGCACACGCACACACACACACACACACUUUCUUGUUUCUCCCUGUGGGACAGUGGACAGUCCUUGUCCGUCAAGCUCAGAAACAUCCAGCAGAGGUCCUGAUGAUGAAUAUGCUGAACCCCCUGCUGUGUGUGCGUGUGAGUGUGUGCGCGCGUGUGUGUUUGUGUGUGUGUGUGUUGUAGGCCUGCUCUGAUGAAUUAUCUGCAGAAUAUUUGAAGUUAAUCGAUCAAUAUUCGAUCAAACAAUCACUGCUGUUUCCACAGGGGUCAAUGAGCAGAAUGAGGAUCUACAUUCAGCGCACACACACUGACACACACACACACACACACAUCCACACACACACACCGCAACCAGUAACGCAUACAGCCUCACACAGACCCGGUCCGGCCGGACCCUGAGCUGUCCCGGAUCAGUUCUGACUCGGAGUCUGGUGCAGUUGUGGUCCCGCCACAGCACGUGCAGAGCCGCAGAAGCAGCAGCACGGAUCGACUCAACAGAUUUGAAUGAGAUAAAACAUGAUCAGGUCCCCCCCUCUCUGCAUGCACACAUUCAAACAAACGCACAGUGCUGCGGAACCCCGCUCCCCGCGUGCAGCCCGCACGUUCAAUCCUCCCCUUCUUCGGUGUGAGUGGCUCUGCUCACGGCACUCACCCGGCUCUGCUGCAGAAGAUCCCGGUCAGAAAGUCCUUGUGUGUCGGUACCAUCCACGGACCCAGCACCUCUUUCUCUCUGACUGUCCGCUCGUGUCUCUGCUACUGCUGCUCGAGCCGCGCGCCACCGACGGACCGCCUCACGCCAAGGAGAGCGCGAGCACAGCGCAGCCUAGCGGAGAGUCAGCACGGUGUACCCAAGGGUCAAGCUCUCUGUUAG